AUGUCGCUUCUAGAAUGUCUGCUGGGCAAAUCUGAUCAAGGACCACCCAUUGUAUUCGUUGAUCACCAGCAAAAUCGGAAAAGGUUGCAGAAGCCUCGUGGGAUAAAGGAAGGUAAAAAAGACCUCCGGUCUUUACCUCGCAGUGAUAUGUUCUUACCAGCCUCACCCCACCAUGGCAUGAUCGUGUUACCACCACAAAUUGGAUAUCUUAUAGACGGUCUGCCCUCGAGUCACCCGGCACAAUCAUACUCAUCGGAUAUUCUAAGACGGUCUUCUCCGUACUCACAAAACUCGUCAAAUUCAUCAUCGCGAUCAAACUCGGCGUGUAGAUCCAAUUCUUCAAGCAUAUCAUCACCAAGAGGAUCACUAUCCUCAGCAGGUUCAUAUUUAUCACAUCCGUCAAAAAACUCAACAUUCUACUGUCCUGCAAGGGAAAUGGCAGUUCACACACCACGCAGAGCCAAAACACCAAUCCGGUUUGUCGGCCAGCUUGAAACAAAAAAGCCGACUCGGAUUGAUCCGUCCAGGAGGUUUGCACAGGAAUAUCUCGACCUUUUGCCUCCUCGACCAUUCACACCAUGCGUUGAAGAAGAAGUCGUCAAGCCGCGCCCUAGGUCUAUUCGAAAAAUCAAAUGCCAACAAAGUUUGCGAGACAUGGUGAAAGAGCAGCAGUCCCUAUCGCAAAGCCCUUCCGAUUGUAAUACUCUCGUUGGCUCUGAAGCUCCAGAGGUAGAUAAAUUACAGCUAGUCGAUAAACCACCUCGAUCGACUCCUACACUCGGUGAAAAAGAGCCGAUCAAAAUAAUCAACGAACUCCACGAUGAGAUUGGCCUCGGAAUUUGCAUGAGUCUCUUGACGAACGAGCUUGCCACAGCUCUCUUCAAGCAACACCCAUCGGAGAACCAAGAUCAGGCUUCUGGGUUGCAAAUUCUGCUCAUGAUUGAAGCAUACGAAACUCUCCGGCAGCAUGUUCGGAAAGAAGUGCAAGAUGCAGAUAUCGCAGGCGAGGAGGUUGAUAGUCACGUGCGAAAUAUCGAAGGGAUACUCGAUCGAUGGCUUGAGUCGCUCUAUUCUAUCUAUGGAUCUUCCACCGACCGAAUGAGCUGUGAAGUGAUGAAAGAGGAGGACGAGGAAUGGCCGUUGAGGCGAUCAGAAGAUAGUAGUGAUAGUGGGCGGACUUACGUGAGCUGCUGA